AAAAUGAAGCUGAAACCCAAAUGCUUCCUGCACUUUCUGUGUUUGGAUAAAAUCUACUGCUUGUUAUCUGUCAGAAACGCAAGGGCACUGGCGUCCUACUUUCAACUGCUCGAUGUUCACAAAAAUAAUUCUCUGAAUGAUCUGCAGUUUUACAACUUUCUCCACUAUGUAACUGACCUGAGCAAGGCUCAGAUCAUGCUGGUGUUUGACCUACUGGACUGGGAUGGCAAAGGGGAGGUCAACUUUGAUGAAUUCUACAUGUUGGUGUGCAUCAUAAUGUCCCAUGAGAACCACCUUGAAAAGCAGUUCAUGUAUCGUCAUUGUCAUCCAGUUUUUGAGCUGCUGGACAUUGAUGGAGGGCACACAGUCGGCCCAGCAGAGUUCCAAUCCACUCGCUUCCUCUUUAAUAUUAAAAAGACCGAGCUGAGUCAGAUAUUCAAGGACUUUGACAUCUCUGGUGAUGAGCAACUGAACUACAAGGAGUUCAGGAUGUUCACUAUCUUCUGCAUUGACAGACAACAGAGGAAGGCAAGGGAGAAACUGAGGAAGCAGAUAGCUAAGGCUGAAGCUGCAGCAGCAGAAGCAGAAUCAUUAUCUGAAUUUUCUUUCAGUGACCUUUAAUUACAUAUGAAAGAAAAGAGUGUUGUUUCCCCGGCAGCCAGAAAUUUAAAAAACGAAACAACCCGUCUCCACACCACAUGAAGCAGAACACACGAUAAACACUCAUUAAAAACAAUUUGCAGGCUGUUUACAAAGAUCAGAAGAGAACAGUGAGAAUAAAAAUGUGUGUUGGGCUAUAUAAACACAAUAACUUUCUAAAUAAAUAAAUAAAGGUUAGUUUUUCA